UGUCCGGUCCCUGUUUCUCCGCUCCAGCCAUUGACGUUCAAAAAGUUGCUGAAACUCUCCGAGAAGCUAACGUUACCUAGCAUUUUCAGUUUUCCAGAGAGCUUACAUUUAGCUAAUGUUAUUUAAGUGACAUUUUGGGCGUACUGAUAAACACAUUAUACAACAACAAUGAAGGAAUAAUGUUAGUGCUACGAUGUGAUGGACGAAGGGAGAAGGCGACCCCCCUCAGAUGAAGGAGCUUGUGGAAAAGCAUCAGCCUGUUUCCCCUUCUCAAAUGAUACUUCAGCCGAGCCCUGGCACAGCACUCCGGUUAAAAAGAAAAAUGGUGGCGCUCCACUGGAUGUUAGCCAAAACUCGCCCCUAACCAGCUUCAAGAUGGACAGCACAGCAAAACAGUGGGCCAAGAGAACCCCUCCCAUCCCAGCAGACACCCCCUGUCCCCACAGCUCUCUGGACACUGAGUUCCCUGUGAACGACUUGAGUGGCUCCACCAUCCAGAGGCAGAGGAGGGAGCUCCAGCUGCUGAUGGCUGAGCUGAAGGACAGGGACAGGGAGCUGAACACCAUGGCCGCCUCCCAUCACAAGCAGCUUCAGGCCUGGGAACAAGACCGCCAGAGGGUGCUCACCUUGGAGCAGAGGUGUACCCGUUUGGAUGAUGAGUUGCAGAAGCGUAACGAGGUGAUCAGAGUCCUGACUAAGCGUGUGUGGGUGGUGGAAACCAGGGAGAGGGAGGUCCAGAAGGAGCUCGGCUCAGCCCAGCAGCUGCUCCGUCAGCUUGAACAGAAGCAGCAGAACAUCAGCCAAAAAUGUCACGACUUUGAGGACAAGAACCAGAGUCUCAACUCCACCCUCAUGGCUCUGUCCACUCAAGUCGGCUCUCUACAGGUCAGGGAGGAAGAACUGAGCUCCAUGCUCAAACUCAAGGAGAAAGAUGUGACUGAGGCCUCUAGUCAUAUACUCGACCUCACUGGGCGCCUACGAGACCUGGACACGUCGCUGACGGAGAGUCGCUCACGGGAAACCAAGGUCCUGAGAGACCUGGAGGAAAACAAACGCCGCUACAGAGAAGCAAGACAUGAGGUCACGCACCUUAAAGAGGAGCUGCAGCAGCAGAUCACACAGGGCAGCAGCCAGAGAGAGGAGAUGAUCCGCCUCAAACAGGAGCUCCAGCUGCUUCGCAGAGAUCUGGCCUUGUCAGGGGAGGGCGACAGCUGGAAAGACGAGCUGCUGGAAAUGGCUCGCUCCAAACAGGAACGCACCAUGUCUGAACUACGCUGCCUACGACAGGUGUGUGAGAAUCAGCGCAAUGACCUGCAGCUGUUGCAGUUAAACCUGGAACGGGCCCGCGGAACCCUGAGGGAGAAAACCAGUCAGGGGUUACAUGGCAGAGAAGCUACUGUGUUGGAGUCAGUGAACACUGAGAGGACAAAUAGAGAAAAAACAGCCUUCAUGCAGCCGAGAUAAAAAGAUCAGAGUUGAGAGCCCAAAAUAAAAGAAGCCCCGGACCCUCUCAUUGAUGCAACAAUGAUCCUCUCUUAACUGACCUUGGCGUCUAGUUCCCUCAGUCUACACGUACGACCGAGAUCAAGAGAAAACCGCAGCACACCCAGCUCCUGCACACUCAGCUCUUGAGCAUGUUCCCAACCUGAAGACAGUCAGCUGGCGCGUCAAGGCAGAAAGAGUGCACACCGCUCAUUUAAAGCAACAGCUGCCUGAACUCAGGACACCAAACUGUGGCCAGGAUCGGCUGCCUAGUGAAAAUCAGACAUCAAAAAGGAUGAGAAUCAAGAAGUGAGAUCAUGUCGGCUAGAAGGUCUACUUUUACCCUCACCUCCCCGGAACGCUAGCACCAAGCAGAGAGUCCAGAAGCAGAGUAGACAGAAACUGACAGACUUUUGUUUCAGUUCCAUCUGAGGUCAACUUUCACCGUUAACUAUCAGAUUAAAUGAGGUGCGAACGUAGUUUUCAUUAACACGUAUUCAACUUAAGAAGGUUGAGAAAAGCAGCAAAGUCAACUCAACUGACUCGUCACCACAGGAGAACCAGUCAGUGCGAUGAAUUCAGAAUCACACAUCAGGAAAAGGUCCUUUGAAGAACACAGCUGAUGGUAUAACUAAGUUACGCUAUGCGCAGGUGGUGCAUAGCGCAGUUGUAGUAGUAGUAGUAAUGCACUCAGUGUCAUGAAUGGAUACUUAUAGACAUUUAGUGAAAGGUUGUGGAAAUUAUGUGACCAGCUUCAGUAAAGUUACAUCACUUCUGUUAACAAAACUUUGCACGUGACACCGGAGACUGAGCAAAUGUUCAUCCCCCAUCUAACCUUUCACACAAGGCUGUUGUUGACCGGUUAAUACCUGCUCACCCACAAAACCUGGAUCCACAGCUGUACAUCGAUACAAAUCAUUGCCAAGUCAUAGCUACAGUAGCAUCUACCGAUGGCGAUUUCUGAAAUAUCUCGACGGACACACUCCUGGUUUUCCAGGCGACGAAUCAAAAUGACUUCGUCGAUCCUCGGACUGUUCACCUAGAGUCACCGUCGGGUCAAAAUUGUAGUUUGUCCAGUGCGUGGGUUUAUGAGCAAAUACCUGCAAAGCGAAUGACAUUCCCUUCAGCCUCGGCUGUACUUUGUGCUUACUGCCAGAAUGCUAACACCCAGAAACUAAGAUGGUGAGCACGGUAAACGUUACACCUGGUUAACACCAGCAUGUAAACAUUGUCGCUGUGAAUCAUCUAGUGUUGCUGCGCUCCUUACGCACCACAGACCACAGCAGAACCACAGCUGAACCACAGCUGAACCACAGCUGAACCCGGUAAAAAAGCACUGGUAAACCUGUGAUCCUCAGAUGCACCAUGCAGUAGGUAUUUGUGGUUUAUGUAUUAAAUUGAAUGGAGACGUGUUGGUCGCCAAGUUUGAAUCUUGUUGGAUCUUAAACACCGGAAAGCCUUCGUGAGACGCUGUCCCUCUCUGUGUCCCAGCCAGGAGGAGUUAACAUGUGACUGUCUGGACAAGCGGUCGCCUUCGUCGAUCAGGGUGAAGAACGCGGGACUUGUACGUGAUACUACCACAU